UCAGCGGGCUCCCCUGUCAUUGUCCAUGGUAAUAAGGUAGCCACGCCCAGCGGCGGUUGGAAGGUUCCGGAAGGUUCUUCGCGGGGCAUUGUGGGAUCAGUGGCGCCGGCUCGGAUCCUGAGACAUCAGACAAGAUGAUGCCCACACCUGUGAUCCUCCUGAAGGAAGGCACCGACUCGUCUCAGGGCGUCCCACAGCUGAUCAGUAACAUCAAUGCGUGUCAGGUGAUCGCUGAGGCCGUGCGCACCACCCUGGGCCCCCGGGGCUUGGACAAGCUCAUUGUGGAUGACAGAGGUAAAUCCACAAUUUCCAAUGACGGGGCCACAAUCCUGAAGCUCCUGGAUGUCGUCCACCCUGCAGCCAAGACCCUGGUGGACAUUGCCAAGUCUCAGGAUGCUGAGGUCGGAGACGGCACCACCUCUGUGACGCUGCUCGCCGCUGAGUUCUUGAAGCAGUUGAAGCCGUACGUGGAGGAGGGGCUGCACCCCCAGGUUAUCAUCAGGGCCUUCCGCACCGCCACUCAGCUGGCUGUCAAUAAAACCAAAGAACUGUCGGUGUCUGUGAAGAAAGAAAACAAGGAAGAGCAGCGCCCCCUUCUGGAGAAAUGCGCUGCCACUGCCCUCAACUCCAAGCUGAUCGCUGGGCAGAAAGACUUUUUCGCCAAGAUGGUGGUGGACGCAGUGUUCCUGUUGGAUGACCUGCUGCAGCUCAAGAUGAUCGGUAUCAAGAAGGUCCAGGGAGGUGCUCUAGAGGAUUCUCACCUGGUGGCCGGAGUUGCCUUCAAGAAGACCUUCUCCUACGCCGGCUUUGAGAUGCAGCCCAAGAAAUACGAGUCGCCCAAGAUCGCGCUGCUGAACGUGGAGCUGGAGCUGAAGGCGGAGAAGGACAAUGCUGAAGUCAGGGUCAAUAAUGUGGAGGAAUACCAGGCCAUCGUGGACGCAGAGUGGAACAUCCUGUACGACAAGCUGGAGAAGAUCGCCAAGUCUGGGGCCAAGGUCGUCCUCUCCAAGCUGCCCAUCGGGGACGUGGCCACCCAGUACUUUGCUGACCGUGAUCUGUUCUGUGCAGGCAGGGUGCCCGAGGAGGACCUCAAGAGAACCAUGAUGGCCUGUGGUGGCUCCAUCCAAACCAGUGUGAACGCCAUGAAGGACGAGGUGCUGGGACAGUGCGCCCUGUUCGAGGAGGUCCAGGUUGGUGGAGAAAGAUAUAACUUCUUCACUGGUUGCCCGAAGGCCAAGACGUGCACCAUCAUCCUGCGAGGAGGAGCCGAGCAGUUCAUGGAGGAAACUGAACGAUCUCUACAUGACGCCAUCAUGAUCGUCCGCAGAGCCAUCAAGAAUGACUCUGUGGUGGCUGGAGGGGGCGCUAUUGAGAUGGAACUGUCCAAGUACCUGAGGGACUACUCCAGGACCAUUCCUGGUAAGCAGCAGCUCCUCAUCGGGGCUUAUGCCAAGGCCCUGGAGAUCAUCCCCCGCCAGCUCUGUGAUAACGCUGGAUUCGAUGCCACCAACAUCCUGAACAAGCUGAGAGCCAAGCAUGCCCAGGGCGGCGUGUGGUACGGCGUGGACGUGAACAACGAAGACAUCGCCGAUAACUUUGAAGCCUUCGUGUGGGAGCCGUCCAUCGUGAGGAUCAACGCUCUGACUGCAGCCUCAGAAGCCGCCUGCCUCAUCUUCUCCGUAGAUGAGACCAUCAAGAACCCCCGCUCCACGGCAGAGGGACCCCCAGGUGGUCGGGGCAGAGGGAGACCGCACCAGCAUUAACCUCCUCCAGUCACUGGGGGGUGUGACCUGCAGAGGAUGGGGGUGGGGGGGAUUACGCCAUGACGGUAGUGGUCCGGUCAGGGUGAGAAUGGUUCCUAGGGCUGAGCCUGUUGUCAGUUAUUUUGGAGGGGGUCAGGGUUGUGCUCCUCCCCUGACUGGAUGGGAUUCUCACUCUCAUCAUCCGCUCACGUUGCUCGGGGGAUUUCUGUCCCUAUGUUUUUUUGUUACUGUAUUUAUUUUCUCUGAACAAAAGCGACUCAAUAAUAAAUGCACUUCACUGAGUAACCGAGCA